CAAACGCUGAAGCAAACGCCUCGGGAAACGGGUAUGGUGUGCAUUUUCCACGACCAGAGGCCCAGACUAUUUUUAAUUGGAAAUUAAAUUCGCCAGGUGUAGAAAUAUUUACUUUAUUUAGAACUUAACUCGAGAUUUAUUGGGUGGUUUAAAUUCUCUGAAAUAUAUUUUACGGUUGGCCAUAUUGUGUCAUUAUAUUUUCCCAACAUACCAAAGUAACCAAUCAACUAGGCGACCCACCACUUUUACUCUCAAAAGCUAUGUUUGGUUCAACUGAGAACCUAAAUAAUCGGAUCAAUUAGCAAAUUAGUUGAUUUUAGCACUACCUAGUGUUUGAAGGCAGUCUUUUAAGUAUCUAGUUAAUACGCAACAGUGAGGCAUGCUGUAUGCAUUACAACCGUUUCUCAAGUACUUUGCUCUGCUGGGCCUUGUGCCGUGGUCGGAGAGCUGUGCCCACUUUCAGUUUAUGCAGAAAGUGUACUCGUGUUUCCUAAUUGUUUUUAAUUUUGGCACUUUCGGAAUUUCCCUUUAUUUUCCUCAGCCGUCAGAACUUUUCAUCUCCCUAAUGGUAAAUGUGAUUGUUUUCGUGGCUAAGACUGCGUGCGUCACUGUCAUCGUGCUGCAAAUGAUUAUUAAAUACGAUGACUACUACAGGUUCUGUAAGGAAAUGAAGUGUCUGGGACUACGACUUCAGUGCGAACUUAAUAUCGAUUUAGGGGGGUUAAGCUGGCAGUCUUAUGUCAAAGUUUUUGGACUUGGUAUUGGCUUUCUGGUUGCAAUAAUACCCUCCGUUUAUGUUGCUUUGAGCGGAAGCCUCAUCUACUUUUGGUCCUCGCUUUUGUCUAUCCUUAUUAUAAGGAUGCAAUGUAUAUUGAUGCUCCUCUAUGUAGAUUUGCUGGGUCACCAUGUAUGCCUUCUUGGUAAACGCAUUAAAAACGUAAUCGACUGCCACAUGAUGGGCGCCAAAUGCAUUCCGGAUGGUAAUGGCCAUCAGCUUUGCUCAUUGGAGUUUCUAUUAGCCCUUAAGCAGAGCCAUAUGGAGCUCUAUCAUCUGUUCAGCCACUUUAAUGACUUGUUCGGCUGGAGCAUACUCAGCAUCUACGUGGUUCUGUUCUCAGACAGUACGGUAAACAUUUACUGGACGCAGCAAGUUCUGGCUGAGGUCUAUGAGCACAUCUAUUUAUAUGCAACAUUUUCAGUUUUUAUUCCCUCAUUCAUAAUUAUUUUUGUAUUUUGCCGCUGCGGAGAGUUCUGCAAAAGACAGAAUGUACUGAUCGGCAGUUAUUUGAGGAUUUUAUCCUGCCAUUUCUCUGCCACAACGGUACCGGCCUAUAAUGAUCUGCUAUCAGAAUUUAUCAUGCAAGUGGAACAAAAUUUGUUGGUUAUCAAUGCGGAGGGAUUCGUGGAUACUGAUAACUCGCUUCUAAUGUCGGUAUUGGCUGCAAAAGUUACGUACUUGAUCGUGCUCAUGCAGUUUAGUUCAUAAUAGCUUUUUACACAUUUAAUAUAAUCAUCACCAACCUUUUGAUGGAACACGCCCCUCUUAUUACUAAAUACUUUUCCUAUUUUAAAUAAAACAA